AUGGAGAACGGAAACAUCAGCCAGGGCGAGGGCAAGGACCCCUCCAGCUUCCUUAGCGACAUCAUCGGCAACCCCGUCACGGUGAAGCUCAACUCGGGCGUCGUCUACAAGGGUGAGCUUCAGUCCGUUGAUGGCUACAUGAACAUCGCGCUGGAGAAGACGGAGGAGUACGUCAACGGCACCAAGAGGCGGUCCUACGGCGACGCAUUUGUGAGAGGAAACAACGUCAUGUACAUCUCGGCAGACUCUUAG